AUGCUGUCGAUUCAAUCCUCCAAACCUCAAAAAUGCACAUCGAAUCUGCUCCCCGCGCGGAUAAACCACAAUGGACCCAUCAACGAUGCAGAACGAUACUGGAAGCCCGAGACAGAUGACAAAGGAAAGCGACAUGCAUACUUCCGCGGUCGACACCUCCACGGCACGACGCUUCCUCUUCCUCAGAACUACACCGGCGCUAUCCUGCAUGUCACCGAUAAGCAAUUACCGCAAACGAGAACACAACAACAACAGCCUGCAGACGAGGACGACGAAGACGCUGAGGUGGAAGAGAGCAUGCCCGUGGAAGUGAAGAUAGCGGAACAAGUAGGAGAGUUCGACGAGGUCAUAAUAUGGGGUCAUGGUGGCGAGGUGGAUGGAAGUGGGGAUGCCUUCGUUAGGGGAAUAAACGAAUGGGUCGGGUUUGCAGAAAGCAUGCAUGUUGACGAGGAAGAGCAAGAUGGAGACACAAAACGGGAGGAAAAGAGCGCUUAG